CAAGGCAAAGUUGACAUGUUAGAGAUGCAAAACAAAAGGUUACAUAACGAUUUACAGAAUGCUAGUUCAGGCAAAGACGAAGCAGUAAAAGACACUUCACUUGCCAAGGAUAAUAUAGAACAAUUGAAAAAGAUCAUGGAUUUUAACAAUAGACGGUACGUAAUCAAUCUCAGGAAAAAAGAAUUGGAGCUUAGAAGUCUGCAAAAUAAAUUUGAGAACCUUUGUAAGACAGGAACAAGAGACAAUGUGAGAAAAGAAGAUGAGAAUAAUCUAAAUAAGAGUAACACGAAUGAAAGUAACAAACAGAUGGAGUUAGAGAAGAAUAGCCACAGGAGGGUUGUGUCGAGACUGGAGAAAAAUUUGGAAGAAUUGGUUGGAGAAAAUAUUAAUCUCCAGCAACACUUUGAAAAACUUGGACGAAUAAUUUACAAUGUCCAUGCAAGAAUUUCUUCUAUAAAGAGAACAUAUCUGGACAGCGAAGAAGUGGAAAUGCCUGACCAAGAACAAUUAUUUCAAUUAUCUUGCAAUGAAAGCAUGGAUUCCUAUUUCGGCUCCAUUUCUCAAAUUAUAGAGGACACUUUCGAUGCAUUGAUCAAUAAAUUAUCGCAACAGUAAAUUAGUAGCCAGUAAGAGGAAAUUGCCUUUCGAUAUUCAAAUUGCUACUUGAAAUUAUAGAAAUAAUUAACAACUUUACAAUUAGCCAAAGAGUUUCUAAUAGUUUCAUAGUCUAGUCCAGUUGCAGUUUGACAAUUUUUCAUAGUCAUUAGAGUACAGAUUUUAAUACUCAAAUUAGGCUUAUGCAGUAUGAAAGUUCUUUUUUGUAAUUUACUGACUGUACUUAUAAUAAUUAAUUUUGUGUUUUUGUAAAUUACUGUACUUAUAAUAAUUAAUUUUGUGUCUUUGUAAUUUUCUGUACUUUUUCUGUAAUUUUGUGUCUAAUCUCAUGUAAAACAUGUUUCAGUUCAUUUUAUAGAAUGUAGAAAUUUAGCAUUUAAAAAAUCGUCAACAAGAUAUUUUUAUUUAAUUUUAUGUCAACAGACAACUAAAUAAUAUCCUUGCAAUUUCUUAAUUGCGCGUAACAUCCUUGACAAUCGAAAAAAGUUAUUAUCCACCAGACAGUGUUCACUGAAUAUAAUUUACAAUUUCAAGUAAAAAG